AUCUCAUUUUAUCCGAUGAAGAAGGAUUAAGAAAAAAAAAUAAGAUUGUUGAUUUACAAUAUUCAUGUGACAACUUCUACAUGCUAAUUAUAGAAAAGUGAUCUCCAUGAACGAGCAAGUACCACAUCUCUAGCUAGAACUGUUACAACAUCGCCCUUCAUCGUCUCCAUUCUGCAUUUCUCCAUCACAUUCACGCCCUAAACGCACAUCAACGUAAUUAAGUAGCAUCCUUCACAUCAACCAACACACAUUCACCACCAUGCAACCGUGGGUUUUCAAGUCCUUCCAGCCCUCCUCCCAAAGGAAGAAACACCCUCCCACCUCCAACCCGCGUCUCCUCCCCCUCCUCGCUGCCACCCUCGCCGCCACCAUCUUCCUCCUCUUCCUCUUCCGCCAGACCCUCCUCGACCCCACCACCUCUGCCGACCUCUGCGUCUCCUCCUCCUCCGUCGUUCCCCUCACGCCCUCCGAGGCCGCCAUCGCCGCCGAGUUCGACACCUCCCCGCUCACCCUCGUCACCAUCCUCCACUACGCCACGGCGCGUGUGCUCCCUCAGCAGACCAAGGGCGAGAUCCGGAGAUCCUUCGACGUGCUUCAGUCCCUCGCGCCAUGCAACUUCCUUGUGUUCGGACUCGGCCACGACUCGCUUAUGUGGGACUCGUUCAAUCCACGUGGCACCACGCUGUUUCUCGAGGAGGAUCCCAAGUGGACCCUCUCUGCCCUCCAGCGCUUCCCCAUCCUACGUGCCCACACCGUUCGUUACUCCACGCGCCUCACCGAGUCCAAGACCCUCCUCUCCUCUUAUAAGGAUAAUUGUGCCCGUGUCAGCGUGACCACCGGUCACCCACUCAAGGGUAACCGCUUGUGUAAGCUGGCACUGCACAAUUUGCCUAAUGAGGUGUACGAUCGUGAUUGGGAUGUGAUCAUGAUCGAUGGGCCGCGAGGGUAUUUUGCGGCCGCGCCCGGUAGAAUGGCGGUCAUAUACUCCACCGCGAUGAUGGCGCGUGGGAGAAAGAGAUCGGGUGUGACGCACGUGUUUCUUCAUGACGUGGAUAGGGAGGUUGAGAAGCAGUAUGCCAAGGAGUUCUUGUGCAUGAAAUAUAGGGUUGGGGGGAUUAGGAAACUUUGGCACUUUGUUAUUCCACCCGUUGUUAAUGCUAGUGAUAUUGCUCAUGGAUUUUGUUGAAAUUGUAGUGUCUUAUACUUUGUUCUUUUAUGUAUGUCUUUAAUAUGAAAUAGAAAAGGUUUUGUUCUAUGUUAGAAAUUUUGUUUCGUAGUAGUACCCAACAAGUUUUAUCAUCCCUAUUCGUGUCUCUUUUAUAU